AGAAAUUACAUGAAAUUAGAGAAAAAGCAAAACAAAUAAUGAUUGCUUUUAAAAGUAAACAGAAGACAGCCCAUGAUAAACAAAUGGUUAAGCCGAAAUCAUUUGACAUUGGACAAAAAGUUUUGUACUAUGAUGCCGCCAAAAUGAAUCAAUUUACAGUAAAAUUGGAACCAAAAUGGAAAGGAUCGUAUAGGAUUCACAAAGUCUUAAUAAACGGAUCUUAUAAAAUAAGGGAAAUAGAUGGACAAUUACUAGCCAGACCUGUAAAUG